AUGCCUCCCUCUCAGCCCCCCCGCGUGCCGACUGGCGGGCGCCCUCCCCCACCACGGAGGGGGGGCGCGCAUGGGGGGAACGGCGGAGCGACGAAGAAGCGCGGGAGGGAGAACGAGACGGGGAAGGGGGAGGAGGCGGGAGGCGGGGAUGCGGCGCGAAUUUACGCGGAAGUGAACAGUGGCGCGCAGCAGGACGUCAUGCGCGCAGUGUGCCCCGCCGAUAACAUGGCGGCACCCGCGCGAGGCAGCGGCGGUGGCGCAUCGAGCGACCCGCUGGCGGGCGUGGAGGCGCGCAUCGGCGCGCUGCUCGCGUCGGGCGGGCGCAAGGUGGGCGGCGGUGGCGGCAGCAGCUACAGUGUUCCGCGUAUGGAGGUGCUGCUGGAGGUGCCGGGGGGGAAGAAGCGUGCGGGGAAGGACGUGGUGAGGCGCGGGGGGAGUGUGGCAGAGGCAGGGGGACGGGACGCGGGGAAGCGGAGCAGGCAGAGGAGCAGAGCGGGGGGAGUGGAGCGGCUGGUGUGGGAGCUGAAGGCGCGCCCUGAGCUGUGCAGCUUCACCCGCAUGGCGCCCCUGGCAGCAGCAUGGAGCGACUAUGCUGCUGCGCUCUGCCGCUCUGCCGCUGCACAAACACCAACGCCCGGCCCGCCGGCUGCCUCCGCCUCUGAGCGUAUGGGUGCAUGGGUGGCAGCGAUGGACCUCCACGGCGCCAUGCUCACAGUGGCACGUGCAGCCUCCUCAGGCCAUGUGGGGGUGGGCGGCAUGGUGCUGGCAGAGUCCACGUCAGCAUUCCACCUCCUCACAAACGAUGAUCGCCUCAAAGUCAUCCCUAAGCAGGGUGCCGAGUUUCGUCUGCAUCUGCCGCCUCUGCUGCUGCAGUCAGCAGCGCCAAGGCAAGCAGCGGGAGCACCCCCACCGCAAGCACAACAGCGCGUGGUCACACUGCUGGGGGACCUCAUGCGCACUCGCCCUCGCAUGCGCUAUGGGGACGCCCUUUGA